AUUUGCCAACCACCACCGGCUUUUUACUUGCACAGAGAGAUCUUCUCCGCUUCUUCACUCUCUGCUUCCCGUUACCAGUUCCGGCCACUCCAAUUCCGGCCGGUUCCGUUCUUCUUCCAUAGCUACGUUUCUGCUAAUUUGCAAUGGAACCGUCGCCUUCGGCAGGUUCUAUGAAAAUUUCGCCACUCGAUCUGAUGUCGGCGAUAAUCAAGGGAAGAAUGGACUCGUCCAACGUGUCUUUCGAAUCCCCGGCUGAGGUCGCCACGAUCCUGCUCGAGAACAGAGAGUUCAUCAUGAUAUUGACCACCUCCAUCGCGGUUCUCAUCGGUUGUGUUGUCGUAUUGGUGUGGCGCAGAUCCGGCGGGCAGAAAUCCAAGCAUGUGGAGCCUCCUGAACAGAAAGUCGUCGAGAAGCCAGUAGUCGAAGACGAUGACGGUAAGAAGAAGGUGACCAUCUUUUUCGGCACCCAAACUGGUACCGCUGAAGGUUUUGCUAAGGCGCUAGCUGAGGAGGCAAAAGCACGGUAUGAAAAGGCGACGUUUAAAGUUGUUGAUUUGGAUGAUUAUGCUUCCGAAGAUGAUGAAUACGAGGAGAAGUUGAAGAAUGAGACUCUCGCUUUCUUCUUUUUGGCUACAUAUGGAGAUGGAGAGCCAACUGAUAAUGCUGCUAGGUUCUAUAAAUGGUUCACAGAGGGAAAAGAGAGAGGAGAAUGGCUUCAGAACAUGCAAUAUGGAGUGUUUGGCCUAGGGAACAGACAGUAUGAGCAUUUUAAUAAGGUUGCAAAGGUGGUGGAUGAUCUCCUUGCAGAGCAGGGUGCAAAGCGUCUUGGUCCUGUGGGUCUUGGAGAUGAUGACCAAUGCAUCGAAGACGACUUCAGUGCAUGGCGAGAAUUGGUAUGGCCUGAGUUAGAUCAGCUUCUACUGGAUGAAGAUGAUGCACAAACUGUUUCUACUCCUUACACUGCAGCUGUUUUGGAAUACCGUGUUGUAUUUUAUGACCCUGCAGAUGCACCAAUUAAGGACAAUAACUGGAGUAAUGCAAAUGGUCAUGCAGUUUAUGAUGCUCAACAUCCAUGCAGGUCAAAUAUUGCUGUGAGGAAGGAGCUUCAUACUCCUGCAUCUGAUCGUUCUUGCACCCAUCUUGAAUUUGAUAUUGCUGGCACAGGGCUUUUAUAUGAAACAGGGGAUCAUGUUGCUGUUUACUGUGAGAAUUUAGUUGAGACUGUUGAAGAAGCUGUAAGGUUAUUAGGUUUAUCACCUGACACCUAUUUCUCCAUUCAUGCUGAUAAAGAGGAUGGAACGCCACUUAGUGGAAGUUCCUUGCCUCCUCCUUUCCCACCCUGCACUUUAAGAAUAGCACUGACGAGAUAUGCUGAUCUUUUGAGUUCUCCAAAAAAGUCUGCUUUGCUUGCAUUGGCUGCUUAUGCUUCUGAUCCAAAUGAAGCUGAUCGAUUAAGGCACCUUGCCUCUCCUGCUGGAAAGGAUGAAUACGCACAAUGGGUAGUUGCAAGUCAGAGAAGCCUCCUUGAGGUCAUGGCUGAAUUCCUGUCAGCCAAGCCCCCACUUGGUGUCUUCUUUGCAUCAGUUGCACAGAGGUUGCAGCCUAGAUACUAUUCCAUCUCAUCUUCCCCAAGGAUGGCACCAACUAGGAUUCAUGUCACUUGUGCACUUGUUUAUGAGACAACACCAACAGGUCGGAUUCACAAGGGAGUGUGUUCAACUUGGAUGAAGAAUGCUGUGCCCUUGGAGAAAACCCAAGAUUGCAGUUGGGCACCUAUUUUUGUCAGGCAAUCCAAUUUUAAACUUCCCGCAGAGACUAAAGUUCCCAUUAUCAUGAUUGGCCCUGGCACUGGAUUGGCUCCUUUCAGGGGUUUCCUUCAGGAAAGAUUAGCCCUGAAAGAAGCUGGAGCAGAACUGGGACCUUCCAUAUUAUUCUUUGGAUGCAGGAAUCGGAGAAUGGAUUAUAUUUACGAAGAUGAGCUUAAUAACUUUCUUGACAGUGGUGCACUUUCUGAGCUGGUGGUUGCCUUCUCACGUGAAGGACCCACCAAGGAAUAUGUGCAACAUAAAAUGAUGGAAAAGGCAUCCAACAUUUGGAACAUGAUUUCUCAAGGAGGUUACAUAUAUGUAUGUGGUGAUGCCAAGGGCAUGGCUAGAGAUGUCCACCGAAGUCUCCACACUAUUGUGCAAGAUCAGGGAUCGCUAGACAGUUCAAAAGCAGAAAGCAUGGUUAAGAAUCUGCAAAUGACAGGCAGGUAUCUACGUGACGUAUGGUGAAGUUUCCUCUGCAUAAGUUUUUAAUUUGGGAGGGAAAUAAAAAAACAAUAAAAAGGAUAUUGCGUCAAGAAAUAUUUAUAUUUAUGGCAGCCAACUUAAUUUGACACAAGAAACUCAUAAGAAGGUUACUUGUGAUGUCGAGGUUGCUACCCUUCAAAGAGAAAAUCUAAAUUGUUGUGAUUAUAGAACUCAAUUCGGUAAUCCCUUGUUUUUUUUUCUUUUAACUAUUCUACUUGAUGGAUUUUUUCUGAAGUGUAAUAUAUAUAGUAUAUAGAAUAAUUAUGUUAGGGCUAGUGAAAUGAAUUUUCCAUGUAUGAACCACCAAGAAGGUUCAAAUGACGAGACAAGCAGCAAUGUAAUCACAUAUUGGAUGGACAAUAUUAGUUUGGUCUUUGUUUAUGGAAGUGACUAUUGAAUUGUUCGUUUGAGUUUUAUGUUGUAUAGACUUGCCAAAUAAGGCACGACAUGCCUU